UUCCCAUUUUAUCCGCCUGCUCUGCUGCUCCACAUUUUCUCCCUCUUUCCUUCCCUUAUCGUCCUCUCUCUCCUUCUUCCUUUCCUGAUUCAUCUCGCCGAGCUCUCCUCGUCGCCUCCUCCGUCUCUCUAUAAAUAAGGCGCCCCACGGCGCCUAUCGAUUCGCGUCGCCGCUUCCUGCAGAGGCCGAGAAUUAUUCUCCUGCGCCCGCCGCAAAAACCCUAGCCACGCCGAUCUCAUGGCGGCUACCAUCAGCCAGGCGAGCCUCCUCCUGCAGAAGCAGCUGAAAGAUCUCGCGAAGCACCCCGUGGAUGGGUUCUCGGCUGGGUUAGUCGACGACAGCAACGUCUUCGAGUGGCAGGUCACAAUCAUCGGCCCGCCUGACACCCUAUAUGAUGGAGGUUACUUUAAUGCAAUAAUGAGCUUUCCACAGAAUUAUCCUAACAGUCCUCCAACUGUCAGAUUUACCUCAGAAAUGUGGCAUCCAAAUGUUUAUCCGGAUGGACGUGUAUGCAUUUCUAUUCUUCAUCCGCCUGGUGAUGAUCCCAAUGGUUAUGAGCUUGCGAGUGAGCGUUGGACACCAGUGCAUACGGUUGAGAGCAUAGUUCUGAGCAUCAUUUCGAUGCUUUCUGGUCCAAAUGAUGAAUCACCAGCAAAUAUUGAAGCAGCUAAGGAAUGGAGAGAGAAGAGGGAUGACUUCAAGAAAAAGGUUAGGCGCCUUGUAAGGAAAUCACAAGAAAUGCUCUGAAGAAACCGGCAGUACUGGGGAAAGUUAACCAUACCACGUCACAUGUGCAUGAUUUGGCUGUCGAUUUCCAAAUGUCAGUUGACACUAGCAAUUCACUUCUCCCCCUCUGUACUUCCCAUAGUGUGCCUGGUGGUGGUCGCGGUUUCGUCUCCCAGGAAGGCUGAAUAGCACUGGGACAUGUUUGUCACCUAUUCUAAAGCUCUGGUUGUAUUUGUGUGGCUUGGGCUGUAAACGUUGAGAAACUUUGAAAUACUGCCACUCAUCACAAUUUUCGUAACAAACGUCAUAUAAGCAGGCACCUGCCUGAUCUGCUAGCUGUUGAACGUUGAAACACAAUGUCUGCAAACUGGUUUCAGUCCGUUCUUUGUAAUAUGUUCUUAUAAAUGGAGCAAUACUCGGUGCUGUACAAAAA